GCUGCCGCAGGCAGCGUGGCUCUUGGGGAAAAGGAGGCAAGUUGAAGGGAGCCAGGCAGAGCCGCGGAUCCUGCUGAGCUGAACUCAACAAGCGCAAGGCAGCAACUUUGACACGCUCAAGAGACCGGCUCUGCCCGCUUGGCUUAGCUGACCCUACAAUGUGGGCUCUGCCCCUGCGGCUCAGGACUGGAGUUUUAAAAUAAGAUGGAUGAUUUGACGUUACUUGAUCUUCUGGCGUGCCCCGUGUGCUUUGAAAAGCUCGAUAUCACAGCCAAGGUCCUCCCUUGCCAGCACACCUUCUGCAAACCAUGUCUCCAGAGGAUUUUCAAGGCCCACAAGGAGCUGAGGUGCCCCGAAUGCAGGGCCCCCGUGUUUUGCGGUAUCGAGGCGCUGCCGGCCAACCUACUGCUCGUGCGCCUCCUGGAUGGUGUGCGCUCGGGCCAGAGCUCAGGGAGAGGGGGCUCCUUCCGCAAGCCUGGCGUGCUGACCUCACAGGACAGCAGGAAAAGCAGGACUAGCCCCAGAGGCCUGCAGUCCAGCCCGUUCCGGCUCGUGCCUAACAUCAGAAUCCACAUGGAUGGGGUGCCUCGAGCAAAGGCCUUAUGCAACUACCGAGGGCAGAAUCCCGGGGACCUGAGGUUUAAUAAAGGAGACGUCAUCCUCCUGCGGAGACAGCUGGAUGAGAACUGGUACCAGGGCGAGCUCAAUGGCGUCAGCGGCUUCUUCCCCACCAGCUCCGUGGAAGUCAUCAAGCAGCUGCCCCAGCCGCCCCCACUCUGCCGGGCCCUUUACAACUUCGACCUACGAGAUAAGGGCAAGAGUGACAACCAGGACUGUCUGACCUUCCUCAAGGAUGACAUCAUCACUGUGAUCAGCCGAGUGGAUGAGAACUGGGCAGAAGGAAAGUUAGGAGAUAAAGUGGGCAUCUUCCCAAUCUUGUUUGUAGAGCCAAACCUCACCGCCAGACACCUCCUAGCGAAGAACAAAGGCCGUCAGCUCUCUCACACCAAAAGCCUGUCCCUGGUGUCCUCAUCCUCCAGAGGCAAAGCGACCAACACGUCCACCCUCCGAAGGGGCCCCGGGUCCAGGAGGAAGGGGCCCGGGCAGUUCUCCAUCACAACAGCCUUGAACACUCUCAACAGGAUGGUCCAUUCUCCUUCGGGGAGCCCCAUGGUGGAGAUCGGCACCCCAGUGCUUAUCAGCUCCAGCAACCCCACUCUGAUCACCCAGCACGUGGAGAAAGCAGAUGUUCCUCCCAGCUCUGCGGGACAGGUCAGCAUUUAUCAUCCCACACCUGCCUCCCCAGGACAUUCCACGGCCAUCGUCAGCCUGGCCGGCUCCCAGCAACAUCUCUCAGCCAACAACAUGUUUGUAGCCCUGCACUCCUACUCAGCGCAUGGACCCGAUGAGCUGGACCUGCAGAAGGGAGAAAGCAUCCGGGUCCUGGGGAAGCAUCAGGACGGCUGGCUCAGGGGCGUGUCCUUGGUCACGGGGCGAGCCGGCAUCUUCCCCAACAACUACGUCAUCCCUGUUUUCAGAAAGACCUCUAGUUUUGCAGAUUCCCGGGGCCCUGGUCUCUACGCUGCUUGGACACUCUCCACAUCCUCUGUGUCCUCUCAAGGCAGCAUUUCAGAAGGUGACCCCCGACAGAGUCACGCCUUCAAGUCUGUCUUUGUGCCCACGGCCAUCGUCAACCCUGUGAGGACCACGGCCGGCCUGGGGACUUUCAGACAGGGCUCCCUUCGGAAAGGGCGGAGCAGCAUGAGAAAGAAUGGAUCCUUGCAGAGGCCUGUCCAGUCAGGGAUCCCCACCCUUGUGGUGGGCUCCCUCAGACGCAGCCCUACUAUGGUCGUACGGCCCCAGCAGUUCCACUUGCACCAGCCGCAGGGGAUCCCCUCGACAGUGGUGGCGGAGAUGGGACCGAAGCCCAUUCCCACUGGGGAGCCUGCCCUCACGUGCCUCAGCAGGGGCAGCGACAGCAAGAUCCACUCGGCAGCCAGUUCCAUCAUCAUGGAAGGCAAGGAAAUCCCCAUCAAGAGUGAGCCUCUACCCAAACCGCCUGCAUCUGCCCCACCAUCGAUCCUGGUGAAACCAGAAAACUCAAGAAAUGGCAGCGAAAAGCAAGUCAAAACCGUGAGAUUUCAGAAUUACAGCCCUCCUCCCACCAAACACAACACCUUCCAAUCCACCUCCGGAAAGCCUGAACAGCCAGCCACCCCUAAGGGAUCCCAGCCUGAAGGAGCCCCCUUGGGCCCAGAGAUGACCAUCCUAUUCGCCCACCGAAGCGGAUGCCAUUCCGGACAACAGACAGAGCUCCGGAGGAAGUCAACUUUUGGCAAGACCAUGACCCCAGUGUCCACUGCCUCAGCCACACAGACCGUGUUUCCCAGCAAAUGAAUCUACGGGUGGCUUUUCCUAGAUCCCAAAGAGGUGAAUUGCAUUUAAAUACAGUCUGCCUCCACUGAGGGUGUCCUGCCAUUCUUUGGGUACUUGAGUCUGGGUCCUUGUUCUGCCCAUUUUACCUCCAGGAAAGGAAAGGUGGGAGCAGGGAUUCCUGCACUCGGUGGGAGGAUAGAUUGGGUGGCUUCCAAAACAAUGAUCUGAUGCAGCAAGGCCCACUACUCGGACCAAGGAUUGGGGGAGCCAUCCUGCCCACCCUGUGCCCCAGCCUGGAAUGUGUGGCCUCUUGUCCCCUGUGUUCUGUGUAGAAUUUCUAUGGCAUACUAAAAUGGGCUUCAUGCAGGGGUGUCACAAUGGUGGGAACACUGGCAUUGCUUCUUUGACCUCAUCACCAUGUUCUCAACAAGCAUUAGAACAGCUGCUGUCAUCUGUUGGGUCCUGCACACUGGCUGCUAGUAGCCACCAUUUUUUUUUUUCCCCUCUUCAUAGAGUCAUAAUACUGGCGGCAGAGGGAGAAUUUCUGGGAAGGGUGUGAGAUGGAUACUUUGAACAUGCUGAAAUCCUCUAAGACCAAAGGGAGUCAACUUCCUGAGUUUGCUCCAAACAAGGAGGUCAGAGAGAAAGCUGACUACCCAGUAGCAAAAGAUGAUCAUGCUUUAAGCUUUUCAACCCAUUUUCCUACAAGGUUAAUCCUACGUAAUAGAUAGACAGGAAGCACAUAGCUAUGGAUAGGGUCCUAUAUGGUAUUAUGGACAAUUCACCCUGACUCUGUAGUCUGACUUCCCUAAGAAAACACAGCAUGCUUAAAAAUAACUUUGUAAGAGGUUUGGGUUUAGAUAUAUAUUCUGUUUGCAUUACAACAUUCUUUACUUUGAUUUCUUCUCAUUUGGGGCAGUCUAGCUGUUUCACAGGAUAAGGCAGCAAUGUCAGUGAGAAGAUGCCAGCCCACGGCUGGGGUGAGGGCACUUCCUAGAGGAAAGCCGCUCUCAGAGGGACUGGACGAAGAAGGUCAGAGAGGAAAAGGGUUGGGAAAGGAGGAGGAGAACAGGGAGGUUUAAGGAAACACGCAAGAGAGAGAGUGGGGAGGUGAAGAGAGAGGGUGAGAAAGAAAGAGGAAUGGGGGGAAAUAUCAGGGAAGAAGAUUCAGGAGGCUUGGAGAGUGGCCUUGACAUUCCUGACAGGUGGAGAAAGAAGCACAGAGUCUGCAAAUCUAGGUGACCCCACCGAGAGGGGGCUGACACGAGCAGGACCAGCCAGGCAAAGCCUUGUAAAAAAGGGGGAGCGGGCAUCCCAGAGUGCUAAGGCAAUGCUGUAAGACAACCCACUCAUUCUCAUUAAACUGAAUUGUUAUGAUUUAA